GCUCCAUCCCCCCCGUGCACCACCGGCUCACACUGCUCACCCUGCGCCUGCACCUGUGCCUCGCGCCGCGUGACCAGCCGGAGAUCGAGGAAGGCGGCGAACGAAGGACACCGUACGAGCCAACAGGUGCCAUGGCGAAGGCGGUCGCGGUGCUGGCGCUGCUGCUGUUGGCGGCGGCGAUGGGCGGCGCGGGCGUGGCGUCGGCGCAGCAGUGCAACGCGGGGGAGCUGGCGGUGUGCGCGCCGGCGAUCAUCGGCGGGGCGGCGCCCACGGCGCCGUGCUGCGCCAGCCUGCGCUCCCAGGAGCCGUGCUUCUGCCAGUACGCGCACAACCCGGCGUACAGCCGAUACAUCAACAGCCCCGCUGCCCGCUCCGCGCUCACCAGCUGCGGCAUUACCAUCCCGAGCUGCUAGGCGCCGCGCGCCGGCGCUGUGUGCGUGCGUGCUCUUUGCCUGGCUUGUACUCCUACAUGCGUGUCUGGAUUUCCUUGUGUGUUGUGUGGCUUGAAUAAACUGUGUGAACCUGUUGAUCGUCGUGGAGUGCGUUGCUUAGCCGAUUGAUGCAUGUCGAUCGGUCUUACUGUAUUUGUGCCUUAUUUGGAGAGUAAGUACUACAGAGUGAUGAACUACUGCUACUUUGUAUUGAGUGAUUCUUA